GCUUGCAAAAGAGGCGAAAACCAUUACACUCGUAGAAGGUUUAAGUUAGGGUUUAUCGGUUAGAAAGGAGAGAAAUUGUGAGAGAGAAAGCAUCGCCGGUGAAUUAAGGAAGAGAGAGAAAAAUGGAUUCAUUUGGAUCGUCGACGAGUGGAUCAACUGCUGCGCAGCCUAAUCCUGAAGCUAUUAUGGAUCAGGUCAAAAAUCAGCUCGCUCAAGCCUACGCUGAAGAAUUCCUCGAGACUGUUAGGGGAAAGUGCUUUGAUAAGUGCAUAACAAAACCUGGAUCAAGCUUAAGUGGAAGUGAAAGCAGCUGUGUUUCAAGGUGUGUUGAUCGGUAUAUUGAAGCUACUGGUAUAAUUAGCAGAGCUCUCUUUAGCCAACAACAACGAUAAUCUCGAGUCUGGCGAAGAAAAAAACAAUUGCAUGGAAGUUUUGCUGUUACUGGUCAAGAAAAAAAAUAGACUUGAUUUAAACAUUACUGAUGUUGCGAGUUUAAUGAUCCUCUCAUAACAAUGCAGUUCCAAGUAUUUCCUUGAUAAACAACUCUAUUAUUUACUUAGCUCCUUUUCAUGUUAUUUGUUGAAACUUUGAGCUUGUACAUCAUUGAUUCAUGGUACAAGCCGCUGGUUUUGUGCAUUUUGCGCAAUAUGAUUGAACUCCCAAGUUCUGAUGCUCA